AUGAUGCCAAUACGCUCACCUACUAGAAGCGGUAUAGGCUCUGGACUUAGUGGUUCACAACCUAAUUUAUUUACGGGAGAUUCAGCCACAGACGUUUCUACGGCAACGCAAGUUGCAUUUCGUAGCAAGCGGAAACAUACUAGUGACCAGGAUAUUAAAGAUGAACUGAGCAAAAUACGAAAGGGAAUGGCAGAAAUGAUGCAAAUUUUAACAUCGAUUAACAAGAAUCAAACGGAAACUAUAAACAAGAUAUCGGAAGAUGUCAGUUUACUAAAGGAACAUGUAAAAGAUCUUAAGACCGAGAUGGAUAGUCUUCGAUUCGAAAAUGAAAAAAUGAAGCGUAACAUAGAUAACUUGAUCAGCAAAUACAAUGAAAAUGACAAACAAAUGAGAAAGUUAGACUCUGAAAUGAAAAACCUCCAUAGUACAAAACUAAUAGCUCCAGUUACCACAACAACUAUUAGUAACACAAUAGGAGAAACUGUAAUGUCAGAACUUUCCGAUCGAUUGGUUAGAAGCAAAAACAUAAUAAUAACUGGAUUAAUGGAAACAAAAACAUCUGAUUACAAAGAAAGAAAAGAGACUGAAAAGAGAGAAGUACUUAGUUUAUUAAGAAAGAUCUCCAAUGAUUGUACGGGACCAAAAAGUAUUACACGCCUGGGAAAGUAUGCGCCAGAUAAACAAAGGCCACUUGAAAAAAAGUGUGUUUCUCAACAUCAGAAGAAGCUGUUUUUGUAUUACGUUCUAAAAGAAAAUGCAAUAGUAACCGUGACAGAAGGCAAACUUAGAGGCGCCGUGGGUACAUUAUUAGAUGGAUCUAAAUACUAUAGUUUCAAAGGCAUCCCGUAUGCACAGGCGCCUCUUGGCAAUCUAAGGUUUCAGGCACCGCUACCAACAAAACCAUGGAAUGGCGUUCGCGACGCAAUCGAACAUGGUCCUGUUUGUACUCAAUACGAUUUAAGUAUUUCAAAACUGAUUGAAGGCAGCGAGGAGUGUCUCUUUGUAAAUGUCUACACAAAAUCUUUACGUCAUAACGCUAAAAUUCCAGUCAUGGUGUUCAUCCACGGUGGCAGUUACAGUUACAACUCCGGCGACUCGGAAACCUUCAGCCCAGACUUACUGUUGCGACACGAUGUCAUAUUAGUAACUUUGAACUACCGUUUGGAACUACUGGGAUACUUAUGCCUCGAUACACCCGAGGUUCCAGGCAAUGCCGGCAUGAAGGACCAAUCUGCCGCAUUGAGAUGGGUUAAAAACAACAUAGCUCGAUUUGGCGGUGACCCAGAUAACAUUACUAUAUUUGGAGAAAGUUCAGGAGCUAGCUCUGUCACGUCCCAUAUGUUAUCGCCUAUGUCCGAGGGGUUGUUUCACAGAGUGAUUGUUCAAAGCGGCACAUGCAUACACGACUGGGCGAUCGACAGGAACGCUAAAGAGCGGGCUUUUCGAGCGGCAAAACUCUUAGGUAAAGAAACAAAUGACACUAAUGAGCUGUUGGACUUCCUACGUAGUUUGAAGCCAACCCUAUUAACGAACCUUGCACAAAAAACAAUGACGUAUGACGAGACAUACCGAGGACUACCUGAUUAUUUUAUCCCGGUCAUUGAAAAGAAGUUUGAUGGAGUAGCGGCUUUUAUGGACGAGGAACCAAUCGAUUUGCUAAUAAACGGUAAAGUGGCCAAGGUACCGCUUAUGAUUGGCUACAAUUCUGCCGAAGAUUUAGUAUUGAUAAAUUAUCUCACAGAAAAACUGGACGUUUACAAUAAACAUCCAUCUUAUUUCGUCACUAAAGAACUAGCAGCGAAUAUAGGGAGCGAGAAACUUAAAGAGUUUGGUGAGAGAGUGAAACAGUUUUACGUAGGUGGCAGAAAUUUAACUAAAGAUGAUCCCGAGAUAAUUGAAAAAAUUGGUAGUGACAUCCAUUUCUUCUACAACACGCACAGGUUCGCGAAUCUGUAUAGUGCUUCUUGCCAGCCGAUCUAUAUGUACCGGUUUAAUUACGACACAGAUUUAAACAUUAUUAAGAACUACACAGGAUUUAGACACUUGAAAGGAGCGAGCCAUGCCGACGAACUUUUCUAUAUGUUUUAUAACUUUUUGAACAAGAAACCGUACGAUGAACAACCAAAAUUAAGAGAAUUGGCGCUUAAAGUAACAACGCUGUGGACUAAUUUCGCUAAAACUGAUAACCCCACACCAAAUCAUUGCACGGAAGUUGAAUGGCUCCCGUACACUGCAACUGGAAAGGAGUACUUGAAGCUAGAAGAGAAAAUGGCGAUGGCAAAAUUUGCAGAUAAGGAUCGUAUGAGGUUUUGGAAUGAGUUGUACAAAGAAGCCGGUGUUGCUUAUAUUAAAUAA